AUGGCGGACGACGACGACUUCAGCUUUCCGACGCUGUCCCCGCCGGCCAAGGUGCCGCUCACGGCUGCCUCGACCGUGGUGGAUCGCUCCAACGGCAAGCAAGCUGCGGCGCCGGUGCCGGUCAACCAGGUCUCCGCGAGCAGGCGUCCGAAUGUUGGAAGGCCCGGCAAGGUGCCACUGGAGAAGGGCUACAGUCAGGUGGAAUGGAUGAUGAAGAGUCGACGGCAGCCCAACCUGACAGGUGUUGAGGGUUUUCAGAGACACCUCACUAUGGAGGACGUCAGGAAACACAAUACAGAGGAAGACGCCUGGGUGGUGGUGAAGCGGAAGGUGUACAAUAUCAGUCCCUACUUGAGGUUUCACCCUGGCGGCGUGGCCAUCCUCCGCACCGUUUUUGGGAAGGACGCAUCCGCCAUGUUCGCCAAGUACCACCCAUGGGUGAACAUCGAUGCCCUGCUGCAGAACUGUUGGGUUGGUGUACUGGAUGCGCCGACCAAUAAAGAGGGUGCGCCAGUGGGUGGUUAG